GUAUUUGGGAAUACUUUAUUUGGAAGUGAGAGAGUGGGAUCCGAAAAGAGGAUGGAAAAGCUGACACAAAAGUCAAAAUCUCAUAACCGCCUAGGAAGGCAUGAAUGUCUGCAUUUCCGAAUACGGACCGAUUGAUGUUGACUUAUUCAUCUUUAUACAGCCAAGAGAUAGAUUCUCCGUCUAUGAAUUCACUAAGAAGUGUAUACUCGUUUACGAUUCAUGUAAAAAUUCUUUUUACAUGAUAAAAAGUUCUCAUAAAGAUUUAGCUCAGAGCCGUAGAAACUAAUCUUUGCAAAUACGCCAACUCAUUCUGUAUCUCUUUCUACUCCAGAUAUUCUCCGCCCUGCUCUAAAUCUACGCUAUCUUUACUGGAACGCGGAAGCUGAAUGUUUGAACCGAGUUAUUAAAUUCUCCGUCGAGGUCUUUCAUAUGAUGGGAGGGUUCACCAAUCAACAAUAGUUAAAUGGAUAAGAACAUGUGGCAGUGCUAGAGGCUUUGCAAUUUGCCAAGCAUAUUCAUGGCAUCUGCUGGCCCUGGCCAUGGUGGCGCAGGGAGUUCUAAGAACACUAAUGGAUUCACAAGUUCAACUACUUCACUUGAUUGGUUGGCAAGGGAAAUGCUUCAGAUGAGAUUGAAGGACACGGUGGACCUUGAUGAUGAUAGGGAUAGUGAGCCAGAGACGAUUGAGGGUGUAGGUGUAGAAAUUGGACAUGUUAUUCGAACUACUAUUGGUGGUCGAAAUGGCCGAUCCAGGCAGAAUGUCAGCUACAAAGCUGAACGUGUGAUAGGAACAGGAGCUUUUGGUGUUGUUUUCCAAGCAAAAUACAGAGAAACCGGAGAAACUGUUGCGAUUAAGAAGGUUCUUCAAGAUAAGCGCUAUAAGAACCGAGAGUUGGAGAUAAUGCAGAUGUUAGACCAUCCUAAUAUUGUCGCUCUUAAGCAUUCCUUUUUCUCGACAACAGACAAGGAAGAGCUAUAUCUCAAUCUUGUCCUUGAAUAUGUCCCUGAAACCGUUAACCGUGUUUCUAGGCAGUUCAGCAGAAUGAACCAGCGGAUGCCAUUGAUAUAUGUCAAGCUCUAUACCUAUCAGAUAUGCAGGGCACUGGCUUAUAUCCAUAAAUGUAUUGGCAUUUGCCACCGGGACAUUAAGCCUCAAAAUUUGUUGGUGAACCCACAUACGCAUCAGCUGAAAAUUUGUGAUUUUGGAAGUGCAAAAGUUUUGGUGGAAGGAGAACCCAAUGUGUCAUACAUUUGUUCACGACAUUAUCGUGCUCCCGAGCUCAUUUUUGGUGCCUCUGAAUAUACAACAGCUGUUGACAUCUGGUCUACGGGAUGUGUCAUGGCAGAAUUACUUCUGGGAAAGCCUUUAUUUCCUGGAGAGAGUGGGGUUGACCAAUUAGUAGAGAUCAUAAAGGUAUUGGGAACACCUACUAGAGAGGAGAUGAAGUGCAUGAACCCAAAUUAUACUGAAUUCAAAUUUCCACAGAUAAAACCUCAUCCAUUGCACAAGAUUUUCCAAAAACAGUUACCUCCAGAUGCAUUUGAUCUGGUUUAUCGUUUUUUCCAGUACUCUCCACAUUUGAGAUGCACUGCUUUGGAGGCUUGUCUUCAUCCUUUUUUUAAUGAACUGAGAGACCCGCAUACCCGCCUCCCUAAUUCCCUCCCUCUUCCACCGCUCUUCAAUUUCAACUCUCAAGAGCUCUCUGACUUGUCUCCGGAAACUAUUCAUCGACUCAUUCCAGAACACAUUCGUAGACAGAACUGAUUAUAAGCAUGAAAAGUUUCACUUCCCCCAUCACUUGUUCUUAAGCUUUAGCAGCCUCAUCAACUGGUUUGUUAUCAGCAGCGAAACACUGGAGAGUUGUGCCGAAUGAAGAGAGAGCAGUUUGUUUCGGGUUUUCUGUAUUGUCUUCUUAUUACUAGCUGACUGUAUAUUUUCCUAUCACAUUCUCUCGACUUGAACAUAGAUAUAUAUGCACACAAGGUAUAUUGCUACUUUUUUAUGACGUCAUCUUACUUGCGGCUUUUCUUUUAUACGUGUAUUAUCAGCUUCCUGGCCAUUCAAACAUAGCUCAUGCCCCCUUUUGGUGCUGCAAAUGCUGUGAUAUUUGAAGCUUUAUGCUUUAUUUUUAAGGGAAGAAGGGAGUCGGGAUGUUGGAUAGGGGUAUUUGAAUUUUCUUAUUAAUGAAUCACAUAAACGAUAGAUACAUCAUACAUGUAAAUCUAUAUUUAACAUUUUGUACUUGCUAUGUA